UAGAUAGUUGAGCAAACACGGAUCCCUGGACACACCAGAGGUGGGAUCAGGUCCCCAGGAGGAGUAAGCAUCCCCUGGAUAUAUUUUACACUAUUAAAGAAUCUUCAUAUGGUUGUCCAAACAUAACACUGAUGAGUCAUCACGUGAGGAGUAUGCGUUAUAUCAAUAUAGGACCCUAUUCAGUUUCUACAUUCAUCAUAUUGUCCGCAACAUUAGUUGGUAAAAAUCAAGAUACGUGAAUUAGUGUUUAUAACUACAGGCAGCUUAAAAGACACAUCUCAUGUUUUCAAAGUAUACAAAACUAUAUGCAUUUUGUCUUCCUUAUGUUUAUAGGAAUUAAUUGUAAUAGUUCGUUCGCCGAAAUAUUGCGAUAAUUUCAUCUUUUGUCUGUUUCGAGUUAAACUCUGAUGAACAGUAAAAUUUCGAAUUAAGAAUUUCCAUUUUAUUACAACUCUGUACCCUGUCAAAUACAAUUACUCCUUUACGCUUCGUUACAUCUUUACAAUUAGUGAUAGGGUUUAUUGAACAAAUAACAGUGGAGUAAAAAGCAGAUAAAAUAUAGCUUCAAUGUAGCAACCUACCUCUCGACUAUAUCCAAUAUCUAAUGUUGACGGUUUCCCUUUCUUCUAUGGAAUGAAGCUGAAAUUUAAGGAUGCAGUACUGUACAUGUAGGCAGGGCAGUGGUAUGGGAAAAAAAUUGUGUCAUGCGAGGAUUCUUGUUAUUUAAGGGGGUUAUAGACAUAGAAGAUUACCAUCCCUGAAAAGCAAUGAAACUGACUAACAUUACCUCAUAGUUUGUUUAUAUCUAUAUUUAUAUUUAUGGUGUAUAUACCUCUCAAAUGAUUUGAUACGCAAGAACUUCUUCUGCGUAUGAUUAGUUUUGAAAUCGAGGUAGGCUACUUACAAAUAAGAUGAUGUUAACGGGGUUUCUACAGUCUCGUUUUCAGCAUUUUGCAAAUUCUAUGGUCGUUACAAUGAUCUAGUUUGCCAAUGAAACCUAUCAUUGGGUCAAAUGUUGUCUGACGUGUUUACUACAGAUUGUUAGACUGUUCUUGGGAUACUGAUUUUAACUACAGAUUACUGCGUUUAUCUGAUCAAAACAUAGCGUCCAUGGCGGAUGUGACCUGUCGACAGGGAGUGCUUACUCCUUCUAGGUACUUGAUCCCACUUCUGAUCCAUCUUUGGCCUAUACUCUUAAUUUUGCAUUCCUUAUAGGAGUUAAGAGAUUGAUGACUAUCGUUAUCUUCACCUUUUCAUGCUUCAUACGUGACUUUGUUAUCAAGAACCUAUUGAUUGACUCAAGUUAGUGUAAAGGGGUACCGUUUAGUUCCUAUGCAUAUCCAACUUUGUACUGGAAUGGAAUGAAUAGUAUUUCGUAAUGAUUCAUCCUUCUUACCAGUUUACUAGUGUGUGAACCUCAUCUGCAACGAUCAGGCGCAUAUUGUCUGAGUCGGUGAGUAUUUUCGGAUGUUGAAGAAUCAUCUCAGGUGACGAGUAAGCAUGAAGCACAAGUCCACCUCUUAUCCCAGUAAUGUCAAACUCCUUAUUAACAUAAUCAGUCUUAAAUCCUCGUCUCUGCAAAAAUGCCGCUUGUUCCUUCAUGAUAAUGAUGAGCGGACACAUGGUCGAAGUGAUAAAUGCCCAAUAUUGAGGGAAAUCUGGUAACCGAGACUUACCUCAACAAAAUCGUUUUUUACUCUCUUCCUGAGAAUAAGUUUGUCGAGGUCCGCCAUUUUCCAUAUAAAACUGACCAUACAUAUAAAAGGUUAAUUUUGAUUGGCUACAUGUGUCAGUUUUUUCCCAAUCGACAAUCCUCGAGUUAUUCCGCAACUAGUCGUCAUCAAAAUAAAAACCAAGAAAAAAAAAGAAACUAUAUAUAUAAAAAAGAUAAACAAAAACAAAACACACACACCAAAAAAAAAACAAACACAAAAAACAAACAAACAAAAAACCAACCAAAUAUUGGCUCCUCGAUUGAUUCGAUAAAUAUUCAGUAAGUCUUUUUAAUCAUACAACCAGUUCUGUAAUGUAGUGUGAACGGAGACAGUAGAAGUGUGGUUUGCAACGAUUGUUUUUAUGCUCCCGAAAAACAUAUAGUCCCCGCCAUGUCUGUCUGUCCGUCCAUCCGAGCUCAGAUCUACUAAACCUUUUAUCACAAAUGUUCCUUAUGACGAAGAAGUUUGGAUCAUGGUUUCUCAAGGUCAAUUUAGAAAAGUCAAAAUUUCAUCUCCUAAACCAUUCAUAGAAAAUUGAUCAUCAUUUUGGAAAGAUCAUGGUCACUCAGAACAUUUACCUUAGGUAAAUAAAAAGUUAUUUUUUUCAACAGUUUUUGAACUGACAAAGGUCACUCAAGGACAUUUUGUAAAAUUCAAGGUCACUCAGAACAUAUUCCUUAUAUGUGAAAAAAAUUCAUCCAAAGUAUUUCAACAGUUAUUGAUCUUUAGGAUCAAUAUAUCUCAGGGUCAUUUGGGAAAGGUCAAGGUCACUCAGAAAAUUUACCUUAAAUGAGGGAAACGUGUCUUUAGUUUUUGAAAGGUAUUAAUAAGUGAUAGGGAAUUGGUUUUCAGACAAAGGUCACUCAGGGUCAUUUACCUUCAUUUCAAUAAUAUUUAACAGUUAUUGAUCAUUUUAAGAGUCAUUCCUCAAGUAAAGUAGUUAAUUGGUUAGAUACAUUUCGGGGAGCAUCCAUCAGUUUUACUAAUAUUAUGGUUUUUAACGGAUCCAUAAAAGUUCGUCUGUCAUCAACAAUUGUCAAGAUUGAACUGAACUAAUCUGUUACACGGAAUGAAAAAUAGGUAAAGUAAAAAUAAUACUGUUACAAUUUGUUUUUUAUUUUUAGUACAAAGACUUCUUCUGUUCCCAAUUCAUUUCAACAUUGUUCAAUGAGUACUUAUUCAUAAUUGAAAAGAGUGUUUUGUUUUUUUUUAUAUUCCAUUGGAUUUCUAUAUUUCAAAAACUUGUAAUAGUAUUUCAAGUGCAGAAAGCCAUUUCUAUCGGCCCUCACUCACGAUAUACCACUAAUCAAGUAUUUACUUCAUUCUCAUGCAGUACUACAGGUAACAUGGAAUUUACAUUACAUAUAAUAUUUCUUUGCCAGAGAGCUGUACUAAUAGACAUGCACCUAAAAUACACUUGUUGUCUUAUCGAUCAUUACGGUUUCCCUGUGAUGUAAGGUAAAAUUUAUGAGCUGUCGAGCUUAUCUUACAAAAGUCGCGUGAAAUCGAUUUUAUUUCAGGAGGAAAACGGUAGCAUUUCAUUAGAUUUUAUUCAAAAUGGACUUGUGUUUCUAUGCCUUCCUUUACAUUACAUUUAACAUUUGUUUACCUUUUCGUCCAAGUUAAAAUGUAAUUUGGUAUCAAACAAAACCAUAAAAUACAUUGUCCAAAACAAAGUUCCUUAUUGCACCAUUGCCUUAUCACUCGUAAAGGUAAAAAUGUCAUAUUCCUUUGUUUACAAAUUGAAAAAAAGAAUGUUGUGGAUAUAAGAAAUACUAGUAAUGAACAUGUUUUUCUAUAAAGAUUCAUUAGAUACGUAACUAUCUAACUGUGAUCAUACUGUUGGUAAUUGAAAUAUUAAUAGGACAAUUUUAUCACCGUAGAAUUAUUUAAAUUCGUUGGGGUCAAUUUUCUUCGAUCGCCAAAAUUUUACGUUUUCGUUGGGGUGUAAUUUCGUGGAUAUAGAUUCUGUGCAUUGAAAUACCACGUAAAGGACUGAAACCACAAACUAUCAGAUGCAUCAUUGUUAAUUACAAAAAAUAAAAAUUUGCUACUGUUGAUCUUUAUUUUGUUCAAUGAUACUUUCGUUGCUGUUUUUUUUAAAUCGAAAUUGAUGCCAAAACUGAACAUGGCAUCUCUAAUUCCUCCAUUUUUAAGUCAAUAUUUGGAGCUCGUUGUUUAAUUUUGUAAGGGCGUCAUGCGUCGCCAAGAAGAAAAUAGUAUAUGACGAAGAAGUGUUUUAAUUUAAAACAUAUUUGUUACGCAAUCCUUGGUCUUUUUAAGCUCUUAUAUAGAAGAAAGUCCACUUGUAGUGAAAAGGUUACCUGUAGGUGUCCAAUAAGUUGACAAUUGCUGUACAUCAUUUUUAAGAGUGAUUUAUAGCAAAAAUUUGUAUUUCGUAUAUGAUAUACAGGCAGGUAUACCGCAUAUCAUACAUGUAACUGUCCUAGAAGGGAACAUUCAUGAACUUUCAUGAGAAAUACUCAAACUGGGUCGUUACAAAAAUUUUGCUCGAUCAAAAGUAUAUUAAGACAUACAAAAUAUUGCCGUGCUUUAAUUCUGUUCCCAUCAAUUCUGUAGGAUGUUGUGUAUAGAAAAAUCACUGACUAAUGAAGAUUUACCCUGACAGUUGCUUAAACGGCAGUAUGUGUAAAUGUAUAGCGUGAACAAAUGAAGUCACUCGCAGUGUAUCUUUGUUGGUGAUUUAUCGAAGCUCACGUGCACGUACUUGGGACUAAUAUUUCUGAUUUCUCGACGUGCACACCGCCUUAAAAGAAGGUUUCUGUUAUUGAUUUAUUCAACAAAUAAACCAGGGGUGUUCAUGAAAGUGUUUCUUUUUUUCAAAGACCCAUUCUUCCUGGUUGAUAGCAGUGCAUAUAUUUACUUGACUUAGCAUUAUUUCACCCACUCUUCUUUCAGCUUUAACUCAGACGAAAUUGAAAUGUUCAAGUCGGGUAUUUUCUUAUUUUUGAUAUUUGCAUUUAAUUUGGAAAGCAUAGACUCGACAGAAUAUGCUAUCAAGUCUGAAUCUAAAGGUCACGUGAUUGAUUUUUGUCGGCAUGCAGGUUGCAGGUUUUUGAAACAAGUCACCAGCAUCUACUACCUUAUCAAUUGUCCAGUCCCAAGAUCGAGAUUCAAAACAGGAAAAGAGGAAAAGAAAAUUGAGGACAUAGCUAAAAAGUUUAACGACACGAUCACAAAUGUGGAAUACCAACAUCUACAUAAGAACUAUCCAAGAACACUGGAUCCCAAAUGGAAUACGAUGUGGAAUUUGAACAAUCAAAUCCAACCAACAAUGAAAAUCCAAGAAGCUUGGUCCACGGGUCGUUCUGGUGCUGGGGUUGUUAUAGCUGUUGUUGACAAUGGCGUUCAACUGAAUCACCCAGAUCUACGACAAAACGUUAAUAUCCUGAAUAGCUAUGAUUACUACAAUUUCGAUUUAGACCCCACACCAAUAUCCGUGAAUGAUAGUCAUGGAACAAUGGUAGCCGGAUUGGUGGCGGCCGUAGCAAACAAUUAUCAGUGUAUCGUGGGUGUCGCUCAUCAUUCAACUCUAGUCGGAAUCAAAUUAUUAGGUGAGAACGGAGUCACAGAUGUAACUGAAGCAUUAGCUCUAAAUCAUCAUUUGUCGGGUGUAGACAUUUAUGUCAAUAGCUGGGGUCCACAGGAUGGAUAUGGGUACUCAGGUCCAGGCUCUGUCACUGAGAGUGCUUUCAUUGAUGGUGUUACGAAGGGAAGAAACAAAAAAGGUGCCAUUUUCGUAUGGGCGGCAGGGAAUGGUGGAUUACAUGACAACUGCAAUGGAGAUGGUUAUGCCAACAGCAUUUAUACAAUUCCUAUAACCAGUGUAGACUCCAGUGGGAAAGCGGCUUAUUAUGCAGAAGUCUGUGCUCCAGUAUUUGCUGCAACAUACUCUGGCAACAGAUAUAGAACACUGGCAUCAACUUCUAUUUCAUCGUCCUGUGUUGAUGGGUUGCAAGGAACAUCUUUUUCUGCUCCACAAGCAGCGGGGAUAAUAGCUCUAGCACUGCAGGCAAACCCAAAUUUAACCUGGCGAGAUGUACAACAUCUUAUAGUAAAGACAAGCAAGCGAGAUUAUCUUCGAGACGGAUACUCGUCUUGGCAACGAAAUGGUGCAGGAUAUUAUGUGAGUCAGGUCCUUGGAUUUGGACUGAUGGAUGCAGAAGCAAUGGUGAAAAAAGCUAAGACCUGGGUGUCUGUUCCUGAACAAAUACGUUGUGCUACGUCGACAUUUUAUGUAUAUAGAUCUACGGAAUAUAGUUACACUUCAUCCAAAGUGUCAAGCAGCAAACGGAUAACAACUGGAGAUGGGUGUAAAUUAUCUGGCUUGGAACACGUGGAGGUUGAAAUUUCGUUUUCCUACACGAGAAAAAGGGGAGCUGUGAAACUGUAUCUGGAGUCACCUGCUGGUACAAAGUCGCAUUUGAUGACUCCAAGACCACAAGACCUUGUUAAGUAUCCAUGGUCUGGAUCAAAACGUUGGUACUAUACGUCCGUACAUUACUGGGGUGAGAGCGUGGAUGGAGCAUGGACAUUGACCGCAGAAUCAGACGAACCUUAUUCUGUUCAAGUAACAUUAAAUUCAUGGAACCUACGAUUCUAUGGAACAAGAAUCAUAGAAGACACAACGACAAUCCCAACUACCACAACCACAAUCCCGACUAUUACAACCACAACCCCAACUAAAAUCUCAAACACAACCCAUACCGUAACAACAAUUCCUACGACCACGACUACAUCUAAUUCAAACAUCUAUUAUAUCGAUAUCGCUAGCAGAUCCGAAAGCGGAAGUUUAUGUGCAGGAGCUGUUGCAGGGAUUGUUGUGGGAAGCAUUAUUUUUAAGAUCGUAGUUCUUUAAUUUGCUAGGAGUAUUUUUCGUAGAUAUCGUAACUGUGGAUAUAACUCAUCAGCAAUGAAUUCCAGAGCAAGACUGAUAUCAUCUAACAACUACAAUAGGUUUCAGUGAAGAUCGACAUAUGUGACUUCAAGAGCAUCUACAUUUAUAACUUAACACAUUUUGUCUAUAAACUCCGAAACCCUUGCUCCAGAGUUAUACUGUUUGCACCUUUAAUAUUGUUUCAUAGUAAUUUAUUUCCGAUUUUGGCCCAGAGGGAAUAUAAAGAAUACCAAGUUCAUUUACAUAAAUCAUAAGAGAGUUAUUAUCCAGAAGAUGGAUAAAGAAAUAAAACUUACAAGUCCAUGAUAAAUCAACUUUUCCUAAUAAUGAACAGCUAUGUAUUGAUUGGCAAAUUUGUCAAUAAUAUUGUUACAUUCGUUGCUCAUAAGCCAGAUAAACUUUUCUCUAUUACACAGUUUUGUAAAUAAAAACAAAAAUAACACGAAAUGUUCAUGGACUCUGUGAAUGGUUUUCUUAGGUGUUGGUGUGCCAUACAGUCAACACAAAAUGGAAUUCAUCUUCUACACAGUCAGACUUGCAGAGAGUACAUUUUGUCUCAUUUACAUGUGUUUUUGUGUAGCGCCCAGUUUCAAUAGCCAAAGAAUGAGAACUGAUUCUGAAAUUUGUGAAACAUUGCAAAACAUGGGGAUUACUGAAAAAUAUUUUUCUCUACAAAAUCUUGAUUUGAAUAAUGCAUAUUUUGCAGUUUAUCAAAUGGUUUCUCUGCAUUGUCUGAGAGAGUAUUACACCACGGAUAUUUAAAUAUUUCAUAUAACUAAUUAGUAACAACUGAGAUAAUAUUUUAUCAUGCAUUGUAUAUCCAACUUAUUCAAAAUAUAAUGAAUGCUACUGAUUUAACUGCUUUUGUUAUCCUAUAUAUGCAAUAUAUUGUUUUUAUGUACAUCAUUUUUAAUAAGCAAUUUACUUGAGAAUUUAAAAUUCCUUGUAAAUAUUUAAAAUAGCUUUAUUUGACAUCAAUAUACUUUGAGAAUCGACCAAGUUAACAAACAAUAGCUUCAUUUUAGGCUCUUUUAUGUACACCACAAAUAUAUUUCAAGAAUUUAAUGUGCAUUUUUUCACAAUACAUUUUGUUAAAGAAGUUUUCCAAACAAUAAUUGGGGCGUUUUACAGAGCAUGUAUCUGUAUUUAUUGUUCCCCAGAUUUCACACGCAUAAAGCAGUACAGGUUUUACAGUAUGAUCAUAUAAAUGUAUCAGAGUAUGUGUUUUAGGUUUAAUAUUUCCAAAACAUUUGACUAAUCUAAAAAAUGCUUUUGCGGCUCUUUUGUAGAGAUCAAUCUGGCAAUUUGUGAAUGCGCCUGAUGAGGAAAAAACAAUUCCUAGAUAUGUAUAUGAUGACACUUCUUCAAUGAUCUGCUUUUAUAGAAAAUAAAAUUCCAACUGAU